CAAGGAGGGAUGUUCGUUCCAUUCACUUAAAACAUUUACACAUUUGUGGAUUAUAAUAAAAAAGGAUUAAUUGAGCCACCUUUAAUUUAAUAAGGGUUACAAACAACUUUAAAUACAUUGGACAAAGGGUAAGCUGCAGCAUGAUAUUCAUUUGUUUUUGGCCUACAAUAGCAGUGGCAGUCAUUAAUUUUAACUUAUUAACUUGUACUUGAUGUAGUCAUCUGAUUAAAGACUCUUACCUGGCUAUCAUUUUUAGUACACACAUAGUAAUGAUGUGGUUACUAUAAAGUUAUGUUUUACAAAAUACCACAGUUUUUGUCAGAGGGCAUCCAGCAGGUUCAUUAGGCCAAAAAUAGCUGUUAUCAGCUACGGCAGCAUGUGUGCCAGAGUGAACACGACGGAUAUCAUCAAUGUGAACAUGUGAAGUGUAACUGAAAGUGUCAGCGGAUGACAGAUGAAGCCACAAAACCACCAGCCGCAAGAAGACCAUUGACAAAAGCAGCUAUUUCUCAGGGUGACCUCAGCUCACCCACUCACUGCCUCCCCUCAAUCCUGGUUAUCAAUUCCUCUCAGUGUCAUCAUGGUCCACAAGACGGAAGAAAGAAAUGAAAAAAGAAGAUGGGGAUAAGGAGGUUGAGUGUCUGGUGAAGUGAAGAGCACAACAGACUCUCAGAGAGGAUGGAUGAGAGAAACAGAACAAUGAUCGUGGUUUUUAUGCUCUGUGUCAUUGCUGAUAUGCUAGCAGAAGGCCACACUCUGCAUGUGUGUGCCACCUGCCACGCUAACGCCAUAUGUGACGACAAGUCAGACGGCUCUGGCAAAGUUUGUAACUGCAAGUACGGCUUUGUUGGAAAUGGGAGAACCUUCUGUCAAGAUAAAGAUGAGUGUCAGUUAGGAGCCAGUAAAAUCUGUGGGAAGCACACCACCUGCCACAACACAUAUGGCAGCUACUACUGCACCUGUCUGGCUGGCUACAGCCCUUCUAACAAUAUGGCAGUCUUCAUCCCAAACGAUGGAACCCACUGUCUGGACAUUGAUGAGUGCAGGAUCGCAGGCUCGUGUGGAGAUGGAGGUCAAUGCAGGAAUCUUGAGGGCAGUUUUGACUGCAGCUGCCAGCUGGGAUACCAAGUCCACAAUGGAACGGAGCCCUUCCACCCUUACAGAGACAAAGCUUCCUGCAGAGUGGUUGACUGUGGCCAGCCUGCCUCAGUGGAGGACACAGUGCUGCUGUCAGUCACAGGUACCACAUACAGCAGUGUGGCCAUGUUUGGCUGUGACGAAGGCUUUGUGUGGAGUAGCGGAGACAACAGCUCUGUGUGUGGAGCUGAUGGACUGUGGAGAGGACCCACCAUGGUCUGUGAAGAGGUUGACUGUGGCUCUCCCCCUGCCCUCCCUCACUCUCAUAUGCUGUGGAAUAAGAGCUCGAGGAUAGGCACUGAGGUGCUUUAUCAAUGUAACUCUGGAUAUCAUAAUGUUGGAAAGGGCAAUGUGUCCAUCUGUACUGCUUCUGGACAGUGGGAGAAACCGUCCGUGCUCUGUCAAGAGACCUUGUGCGGACAUCCUCCUAUAAUUGAAUCCACUGAGCAGGUUUGGAACAGUACUUCAACCCCUGGCAGCACUGUGCUCUAUUUUUGUAAAGAGGGCUUUUAUAACAAAGGAGGACAUAAUAUAUCAAUCUGUAACAAAAACGGUCAGUGGACCCCCCCAACUCUGUUGUGCCAAGAGAUAUUAUGUGGGGAUCCUCCUAUACUGCCUCACACUGGGCAAGUGUGGAAUGGCAGCUCUGCCCCUGGAAGCACGGUGACUUACUACUGUAAAACAGGAUUUUAUCACAAUGAAGGAAAUAACAUAUCAUUGUGUACAAUUAAUGGUUACUGGACAAAACCAAACAUCUCAUGCAAAGAAGUUGACUGUGGUGUGCCCCCACCCAUCCCUCAUUCAAUCAUGCUGUGGGAUAAUAUCUCCACAGUGGGCUCUCAGGUUGUUUAUCAGUGUAACUUUGGAUAUCGCAACACUGGAGAGGGAAAUGUAUCAGUUUGUACUACCAGAGGAAAAUGGGAUGCAGCCUCUCUGCUCUGUCAAGAAAUCAAUUGUCAAGAGCCUGUUUCUAAACCUCAUGCUAAAAUGUUAUGGGACGGCAUAUCACACAUUGGCAGUGUGGUGUAUUACCAAUGUGACAAAGGAUAUUACAAAAGGAGCCUGAGAAACUACUCCGUAUGUGGAGAGAAUGGACUGUGGGAGGAUAUUGAUCUAUGGUGUGAAGGGGGUUGUGUGCUGGACUAUUUCUUGGCCUGGUGCAGUGACUUCCUCCAGUCUAUGCUGGUUGCCUGGCAACCUCAAAUUGACGAAAUAAGCUGUGGUCCCCCUCUAAACCUCCCCCAUACUAACCUCCUGUGGGAUUGCACCAGUAGACCUGGCAGUGUGGUGCUGUAUGAGUGUAUGGAUGGAUUUUACCAGGAGAGUGGAACUAAUGUUUCAACAUGUUUACUGUCAGGAGAGUGGGGGAAAGUAUCUGUAAAGUGCAAAGCUAAAUGUGGCCCGAUUCCCUUCCUUGCCAACUCAGAGGUGGUGUGGCAUAACAGAAGUGUUGUGAUCCACCGCUGCGUGGAUGGAUAUCACAGCUGGAGGGGCAGCAACGUCUCUGUGUGUCGCAACUCUGGGCUGUGGCAGAAAGCCACACUGAGGUGCAUAGAAAUAAAGCCACCUAUCAAUCAUCUAUUUGUCCUCAAUGAAAAAUGUCUGCAUUGGAAAGCAGAGAAGUAUGAGGAGGAUACAGAAGUUUACAUGGUGACAUACAUAGGCUCCAGAGACUACCAGAGGUCCUUUCGUGAUAAAGGAAAGCGGUUUCUGAGCUCCAUGGGUGACCAGCUGGAACUCUGUCUGAACCUGCUUCCGGUCACAAACUACAGCAUGUCAGUCACUGCAGUGUCUGCCAGAUUCACAGCCACCAUCACCACUAACACCAGUUUACCAGUGCCUCCAGCACCCAUUAUCUACUACAGAGAAUUUGAGACUCCUGUACCAACUUUGAGGCUGCGCAGAUCACCCAACACACUGGACCCAAUAAGUUGGUACCAAGUGUUUGUGCUUCCUGUAGAGGGGAUUGUGGUGUUUGACUGUCCCUCUCCUGACCCCUCAAGCAAAAUAAAGUCCUCAACAGAGUACAUCACUGCCCAGAUUGAUGUCAGACAUGUUGGGACAGUGAUGAACUUUACUGUAGGGGAUGGACUCUACUAUGGAGGAUUCUUUAAUGCACCACUGGAGAGUGGAAGAAACUAUUAUAUCAUCUUACGAGCAGUCAGUCAGUGGAAAACGGCUUUAAAAAGUUCCUGUGUCCUGUGGGCUAAAGUAAGAGGUACCUCCUAUGUCCUGAAGGUUUCGUCUCUGUCUGCUGCUGCAUCAGUAGGACUGGUUGCUUUGGUCAUUUUGGGUGGAUACAGUUUCACCUGGUUUUUUAAGAAGACAUAAUAACUCCUACGUGCUGAUGUUCUGUAAUUUUUUUUGUCAGCAUGACAAAUAAAUUACAGUUUUGACUUGCUACCUGUA